UUACCUCGUAACUAAAAUACCAUUACAUCCACAUGACUGAAUUAUGACCAAUAAACACUGAAUUGCCAUUCCGUAAAAAAUUCUCACAAAUCUAUGUCAAAAACCUACUUAAAUCUCAUCAAAUUUGAUCCCUCGUAGAAUUCUCAGAAAUUCAUUACCUCAAAAAGAAAAUCCUAGAACUUUGAUGAAAGUUUUAAUCAAAACCCUAUUCAAAUUCGAUCCAAUCAAAGCUAUUUCAGACAAACUGAUUUUCUAUUCACUUCCCUCUGAUCAUGUUGCGUUUGGGUCGAAAUCUCCUGCGGAGAGCUUCACACAGUUUCACUGAACCCCAAAUUUCUCGUCGUCUGAAAACCCUAGAUUUCCCAAACCACGAACCGGAAUGGUUGGUGCGCUACAUUACUGGUCCGGCCUCGAGCCCGAGCUUGUCCAUAUGGAGACGGAAGAAAGAGAUGGGCAAAGAGGGUUUGAUCGUGGCCAAAGAACUCAAGAGAUUGCAGUCCAGUCCGGUCCGGUUCGAGCGGUUCAUGAAGUCCCAUGUCUCUCGUCUCCUCAAGUCUGACCUCCUCGCCGUCCUUGCCGAGUUCCAGAGACAAGACCUCGUUUUUCUGUGCAUGAAGUUAUAUGAGGUGGUGCGUAAAGAAAUAUGGUACCGGCCAGACAUGUUCUUUUACAGGGAUAUGCUUAUGAUGCUUGCUAGGAACCAAAAGGUGGACGAAGCGAAGCGGGUAUGGGAGGAUCUGAAGAGAGAAGAAGUUCUCUUUGAUCAGCAUACAUUUGGUGACAUUAUGAGGGCGUUCUUAGAUAGUGGAUUGCCCGAAGAGGCAAUGUACAUAUAUGAUGAAAUGAGAGGAUCUCCUGAACCCCCAAUAUCUUUGCCUUAUCGAGUCAUAUUAAAAGGGCUCCUUCCAUAUCCAGAAUUGAGGGAGAAGGUGAAGGAUGAUUUCUUGGAACUUUUCCCAGGUAUGAUUGUUUAUGAUCCACCUGAAGACCUGUUUGAUGAUAAACAAUGGAGAACGGAGGAUGAAGAUAAGUAGAUGGUGUUGCUGACUCUGUAAUUUGCAAGGGAGGGCAAAGAUGAUUAGAGCGUGCUGCCAGCUCUCUUUAAUUUGCUUAUAUGGUGGUCAUCUUAUGAAUGUGCUGGCUGUGGCGAAGAGUGGAAAGCACUGGUUUAUGCCCAAAGACUGGGAAGAGUUAUUGAGCUUGCAGUGGCAUGUCUUUUAAAGUUGUACCUAACUCAAGGUGCCGAUAAUGGAAAAGGAUAUAUAAAGAAGUUCUCUCUUUUUGAGUGCAGUUCAGAGGCUUGUUAUGCAGUUUCAAACUUCUUGGCAAGUGUAUGUUGCAAUAGAAGUCCUAAUGUUGGUCUUAGCAUUUUCUUGAUCACUUUUAAUGUUUAUAUAAUAUAAAAAUAGCUCGGGAAAGGUGACAUUUUGGCAUGCCUAUAUUUGUUGGUUAUGCUUCAUUUGUGUAAUGUAACUAGAAUGCAUGCUUUUUGAUACUAAAAGGACAAUGUUGACCUUGAGUUUCUACAUAUAAAAUGAUUGGAUGACGAGCA